AUGUCUGACGACGAGGCCGCCACGCUGUCCGUCACGGACUGGACCAUCCACGACGCCCCUUCACCUACCGACAGCAUCAAGUCUGAUAUCGAGCUCGAUGACCGUCCCGCCGUCGGUGAUGUUCCGUCUCAACCCAUACAGAAGCGCCGUCGAGUCACCCGAGCCUGCGACGAAUGUCGUCGAAAAAAGAUCAAGUGUGACGGCAAGCAGCCCUGUACACACUGCUCUGUCUACAGUUAUGACUGCACAUAUGACAAGCCUUCCAAUCGACGGCGCAACCCAGCGCCACAAUACAUCGAGGCUCUAGAAGGUCGUUUACACCGCGCCGAGACGUUGCUGCGCAAGUUUAUGCCCGAUAUUGACCUGGCCGACUCCAACAUGGACCCCAGUGUUCAAGCGGAAUUUCUACAUCGGGAACAAUCUCGAAUACAAGCCGCCGGCAAAAUGCAAAGCAGCACUCCCAUACCACAACCCUCGACUCCCGACCCGCAGCUGGUUUCCAUGGUUGACUCUCUCGGCCAGCUCGAUAUUGAUGAGCGCGGUGAUUGGGAUUUCCACGGCAACUCGUCCGGUGUCGUCUUUCUCAAAAAGAUGAAGGAGCACUUUCGCGGUCUGCUUGGCACCACGACUGCGAGCCCCUUUCUCCCGCGUCCCGACCAGCUUUCUGCCGUCCUCAAUCCCGAUUCUGCAUCACUACACGCCAAUUCUCCUCUUUCCACCAUGUCGACGUAUCCCGAGUUACCUCCGAAGGACGUGGCUCGAAGAUUAUGCUUCUACUCGCUCACCUGCGCCACCUGCCUCACCCGCAUCGUCCACGUUCCCACAUUCAACAGCCAGUUUGAGCGGAUAUACGAAAUUCCACUCGAAAAUCUCGGCCCCGAAGACACACAAUUUCUCGGCCUCUUGUUCGCCAUUCUCGCCCUUGGCUGCAUGUACCAUAGUUUCGACUCCUCAGCCGCCGAAGGUACUGGGUACAAGGCGGCCAUGGAAGAAGGGACCAAAUAUUUCAAAACAGCUCGAGCGCUCAUCAAAGACAUUGGUGAUUGUCGCACGCUAACCUCUAUACAAGCACUCCUCUUCAUGACACUCUUUCUCCAAUCUACCUCAAACCUCAGCUCCUGCUACGCAAUCCUUGGCAUCGCCAUGAGAUCAUGCCUCCGCAUGGGUCUGCACCGCCACCUACAACAUGCGCGACUGAAUCCAAUAGAAGAGCAACUACGCAAGCGAAUAUUUUACGUCGUCCGACAAAUGGACAUAUAUGUUUCGACAAUGUUGGGUCUUCCUCUUAUGCUCAGCGCCGACGAUAUCGAUCAACCUUUUCCGAUGGAAGUAGACGAUGACUACGUGACGAAUCAAGGCGUCAUGCGCCCACCGCCUGGAUCAUCCUCAUUCUUCGAAGCUUUCAAUGCGCACACGAGACUGAUGGAUGUUCUAGCCAAGAUCUCUAAGCUCAUCUAUCCGAUCAAGAUGCAGGGAAGCGUGAAGAUUGAAAUGGGAGGAGCAGGUAAUCCCGUCAGCUAUACGCGUAUCAAGGAAAUUGAAGGCGAACUGCAACGAUGGUUUGAACGCCUACCUGAAGCGUGGCGACCGAGCCCAGAAGGACCCAUCGAGGUCGUCAGAGUUCGGCAUCUACUUCGCUUUGCCUACGCUCAUGUGCAACUUCUUCUAUAUCGCCCCUUUCUACACUACAUGUCACCACGCCUCUGCCAAGGCAUCAAAGUCGACGACUUGUCUUAUGCUUGCGCCGCUGCAGCCAUUAGCGUCUCCCGCAACGUCAUCCACAUCGGCCAGGAAAUCCGAAAGCAGCGUGUUUUGAGUGGCCCUUAUUGGUUCAUGCUCUACACCGAAUACUUUGCCGUCUUAUCGCUCAUCUUCUUUGUAUUGGAGAACCCUGGAAAGCCAGCAAGCGCCGAAGUGCUUGCAGACGCUCGCGCUGGUCGACAGCUGAUUGCUGACCUGGCAGACAAGAGCAUGGUCGCAGACAUGCUGACGACGUCUCUGAAUGCUGUCUUUGAGCAGCUCCCCGAAGCUCUGGAACAAGCCCGUGGCCGGGCAAUUGCUUCAGCAAAGCGGUCCAUCAGCAAACCCAGCGGUAUGGUUGCUGGGCACCCCGGAGUGUCCCACGUCAUGUCGCCGCAACGAUCCGAGGACCUCAUGCGAACCCACAGCGGGCACAUGUCGACCAGCGCCUUCUCCAUGGACAGCAUGGCACCAUCUGAGCAAAGCUUUGUUGAGAAUGGCUUUGGUGGCGCAGCAAGUUCGAGCCGCUUAGCAUUUAUGCCGCAUUCCGUCGCCACUCAGAACGCACACAACCCAGUCAACAAGCUUGAUGCGCUCAUGUUCCCAUCGGACGACCCGUUUGCGUAUCCUAACCAACCCAUGAUGGAGCUAGGUUUCCAGCCUUCCAAGGACGGCACAUCAGUCACUAUGGCCCAGGAUCCCAAUUUCUUCUUCCCUGGAACGCUGGAAGAGAUGGGCAAUUCAUUCGUCAGCCAGCCACCCCCUUACAUGACGCCACAAAGCGGCCGUCAAAGUAUGGGAAGCAUGAACAUGGGCAACAUACGGACACGCCAACCCCAAGAGCAGCAGCAAGCCCAGCAGAUCGACCAAAUGUUCACCGAGCACGGCAUGCAGCCGGACUUCGGCAGCUUUUUCGGUUCCGGCAGAGGAGGCUUUCAAGGAAUGUAA